AUGGAGCUGCAUGGCCCAGAGGCGGUUAUCAAAAUCCAGGAGGACUACACGGGCAUAGAGGGACUCUGCAAACGACUGAAAACCUCACCCACAGAAGGUCUCUCAGGUGACAGAAAUGACUUGGACAAGAGAAAAGAAAUAUAUGGUGAAAACCUGAUACCUCCAAAGAAGCCAAAAACCUUCCUGCAGCUGGUAUGGGAGGCCCUGCAGGACGUCACCCUCAUCAUUCUGGAGCUCGCUGCCCUGAUCUCCCUGGGACUCUCUUUCUACCACCCUCCCGGAGAGAGCAUCGGAGAGGCUUGUGUCGUGGUCGGAGGUGGGGUCGAGGACGAGGGCGAGGCGGAUGCCGGCUGGAUCGAGGGCGUAGCUAUCCUGUUGUCUGUGGUGUGCGUGGUGCUGGUGACGGCCUUCAACGAUUGGUCGAAAGAGAAGCAGUUCCGCGGGCUGCAGAGCCGCAUCGAGCAGGAGCAGAAAUUCCAGGUGGUCCGCGGUAGCCAAGUCAUACAGCUGCCAGUGUCGGACAUAUUGGUAGGGGAUAUCGCACAGAUCAAAUACGGUGAUCUGCUUCCCGCUGAUGGAGUGUUGAUCCAGGGCAAUGACCUGCAGAUUGACGAGUCAUCACUGACCGGCGAGUCCGACCAUGUCAAGAAGUGUGUAGAAAGGGACCCUAUGCUGUUGUCCGGCACCCAUGUGAUGGAGGGGUCAGGGCGCAUGUUGGUGACUGCUGUUGGUGUCAACUCUCAGACUGGAAUCAUCAUGACCCUGCUGGUGGCCGGCCCAGAGGAAGAGGAGAAGAAACAAAAGAAAGGAGGGGCAGUGAAAGAUGGACAUCAGAAAACAGAAUGCUCCCAUCCCCCUAUCCACCCCAUCGCAACUAUAGCCACGGAUGGGGCUGCAGGCAUUAAUGCCCCUGGCAGUGCCAGCCUAAUUAAUGGUAAAAUGCAAGAUGGCAAUAUGGAGAGCAACCAGAUUAAAGUAAAGAAGCAGGACGGAGCAGCUGCCAUGGAGAUGCAGCCUCUAAAGAGUGCUGAAGGUGGAGAGUCCGAUGAGAAAGAGAAGAAGAAGGUGCAUAGUUCGAAGAAAGAGAAGUCUGUGCUCCAAGGGAAGCUGACCAAGCUGGCUGUCCAGAUUGGCAAAGCAGGUUUGCUCAUGGCAGCCGUUACAGUCAUCAUCCUGGUCCUGUAUUUCGCCAUUGACAACUUUGUGCUGCAGAAGAACCCUUGGAUGCCAGAGUGCACUCCCAUCUACAUCCAGUACUUUGUCAAGUUCUUCAUCAUCGGUGUGACUGUCUUGGUGGUGGCCGUGCCAGAGGGGCUGCCACUGGCUGUCACCAUCUCCCUGGCCUACUCUGUCAAGAAAAUGAUGAAAGACAACAACCUGGUGCGUCACUUGGAUGCAUGUGAAACGAUGGGCAAUGCCACAGCCAUCUGUUCUGACAAGACAGGCACGCUGACCACCAACCGCAUGACGGCUGUGCAGUUUUACAUUGGAGAUAAACACUACAAAGAAAUCCCAGAUCCUGGAGUUCUGCCACCCAAAUCACUGGACAUACUGGUCAAUUCCAUCUCCAUCAACAGCGCCUACACCUCCAAGAUCCUGCCCCCGGAUAAGGAAGGCGGUCUGCCGAAGCAGGUGGGCAACAAGACAGAGUGCGGCCUGCUGGGAUUGGUCCUCGACCUAAAGCGGGACUAUCAGCCAAUAAGAAACCAGAUCCCAGAGGACAAGCUUUACAAAGUCUACACCUUCAACUCUGUCAGGAAGUCCAUGAGCACAGUCAUCAAGUUGUCCGAUGGGAGCUUCCGCAUGUACAGCAAAGGAGCCUCUGAGAUUGUCCUCAAAAAAUGCAGCCAUAUCCUGAACGAGGUGGGUGAGGCCAGGGUUUUCCGUCCACGGGACAAGGACGAGGUGGUCAAGAAGGUGAUCGAGCCCAUGGCAUGCGAAGGCCUUAGGACCAUCUGCGUGGCGUACCGUGACUUCUCCGGUGAUCCCGAGCCGUCCUGGGACGAUGAGUCCAACAUCCUCAAUGACCUCACAGCCAUCACUGUUGUUGGGAUAGAAGACCCUGUCAGGCCAGAGGUGCCCGAUGCUAUCCUGAAGUGCCAGCGUGCCGGCAUCACAGUGCGCAUGGUGACUGGAGACAACAUCAACACAGCCAGGGCCAUAGCCAUCAAGUGUGGUAUCAUCCGCCCCGGAGAGGACUUCCUCUGCAUCGAUGGUAAAGAGUUCAACAGGAGGAUCCGCAAUGAGAAAGGAGAGGUGGAGCAGGAGCGUCUUGACAAGGUUUGGCCUAAACUCCGAGUUCUGGCCAGAUCCUCCCCAACCGACAAACACACACUCGUAAAAGGCAUUAUUGACAGUACUGCGACAGAACAGAGGCAGGUGGUGGCUGUGACAGGUGAUGGGACCAAUGAUGGACCCGCACUAAAGAAAGCUGAUGUCGGAUUUGCCAUGGGUAUUGCUGGUACAGAUGUGGCCAAGGAGGCGUCAGACAUCAUCCUGACUGAUGAUAACUUCAGCAGCAUCGUUAAAGCAGUAAUGUGGGGCCGGAACGUCUAUGACAGCAUCUCCAAAUUUCUUCAGUUCCAGCUGACUGUCAACAUUGUGGCCGUCAUCGUGGCUUUCACUGGCGCCUGCAUCACACAGGAUUCUCCUCUUAAGGCCGUGCAGAUGUUGUGGGUGAACCUGAUCAUGGACACGUUUGCAUCUCUGGCCCUGGCCACAGAGCCUCCCACAGAGUCUCUGCUUAUGAGGAAGCCAUACGGUCGCAACAAGCCGCUAAUCUCCAGCACCAUGACGAAGAACAUCCUGGGACACGGAAUCUACCAGCUCAUCCUCAUCUUCACACUCCUCUUUGCUGGAGAGAAGAUCUUUGACAUUGACAGCGGCCGUAAUGCUCCUCUCCACGCCCCUCCAUCUGAGCACUACACCAUCAUCUUCAACACCUUCGUCAUGAUGCAGCUCUUCAACGAGAUAAAUGCCCGAAAAAUCCAUGGAGAGAGGAAUGUCUUCGAUGGUAUCUUCAGGAACCCCAUCUUCUGCACUAUUGUUUUUGGCACUUUUGCUCUGCAGAUUGUGAUUGUGCAAUUGGGAGGGAAGCCAUUCAGCUGUCAACCUCUGAACCUGGAAAAGUGGAUGUGGUGUAUUUUCUUCGGGCUGGGAGAGCUGGUCUGGGGACAGGUGAUUUGCAGCGUGCCCAAUAGCAAGUUGCGUUUCCUGCGGAGGGCUGGCCAGUUAACCCGGAAAGAUGAGUUACCAGAGGAGGACCCAAAUGAUGAUAAUGAUGAGAUUGACCAUGCAGAGAGGGAGAUGAGGAGAGGACAGAUCCUCUGGUUUAGAGGACUCAACCGCAUUCAGACUCAGAUCCGCGUUGUGAAUGCAUUCCGUAGCUCUCUCUAUGAAGGCCUGGAAAAACCAGACUCCAGAUCCUCCAUCCACAACUUCAUGACACACCCCGAGUUUAGGAUAGAAGACUCCACGCCCGACAUCCCGCUCAUCGACGACACCGACGAUGAUUCUGCUCGGAGGAGGAAGUUCUCCAGCCAGCCCUCCUCCCCCAACAAGAACAACAACGCCAUCGACAGUGGCAUCAAUCUCACCAUCGACACCAGUAAAUCAGCCGCCUCCUCUGGCCCCGCCAGCCCUCUUCACAGCUUGGAGACCAGCCUCUAACCCUGAUCCUAACCUCAGCUCUAACCUCUAAUGUCCUUUCUUUGCAGUCUGGGGGCCCUUAUCCAAUUCCUCCAGACAUUUAACUGCAACCGUAUACCUUGUCACCCCCAAAAGUUCACCAAAUCCAUCUCAAUUCUCAUACUCCAGCCCCCUUUGGUCACAUUCCCCCCAUUUACUCGCCCACACCGGACAGGUUCUGUGGCAAAAUCCUCAUCUUUCCUCCCUUAACCUUGAGCUCUUAAAGCUCGCCGCUCCUCUCGAAAUGGAGGAAGUCUAUAGUAAUAUGACACGGUGAAAAGAAAAACAAAACUUAUCAUACAAUCAAAAAAGCGCAACAGUGCCACAAAUCCCACACAGCCACCCUGCGUCUGUGGUGGUGUGUGUCGGGUGGCGGCGGUGGUUGUGUGUAUGACUCUAUGCGUGUUCGCAUGUACUGUAUAAGCGUGCCGCUGACUGCACAUAUGUAUGACUGUGUCUUUAGUGGCACCGGGAGGAGGAGGACGAAGAGGAGGAGGGAGACACUGCUGAGGAGUUCAAAUCACAAAACAGGAAAGACUCAAAACUCUCCUUACACUCCCUCUCCUCAACCACAACAACAACAACAACAUUGUCAAUACUGAUAAUAGUUUAAAUUAAAUUGAAAAACAUUGUUAUUAUUAUGAUUCUGAUUAUUAUUGUUAUUAUUAUUGUUGCUCCUGCAUGAAUGUACAUUGCCCAAGUUUUAUUUUAAAGGGUUUUAAUUUGAUGGGAGACCUUGUGUUGGGAUGGGCUCGGCCUUUCGGCCGACUGCUGUAUUGAUGACAACAUCGUCCCCCCCUGUGUGGCAUGAACAUGUACCCGACUGUAAACAUUUAUUUCAUCCAUAAACAGAAAUGUGUAACGAGGUGGUAGGGCUCAACUUGCACAGUAGUUUUGCACCUAUCGGAAAAGAGGGACGCAAAAUAAUAAUGAUGAUGAUAGCAUUUAUGGUAUAUAAUCUAUAAAUAUAAAUACAUAUAAAUAUAUUUAGAGAGAGUUUAUCUUUGUUUGUCGGCAUGUUGCCUUGUUCCUGCUUCAAUGGCUCAAAAUACUUUGACUUAUUUAUGUCUUAAAGAGAAUGUAAUUUGUUUACAACCUCGUAGAGAUAAACUUCCUGGUUUCUAGAAGGAAAGAGGCAAAACUGAAGCUCAGAAGGACCAGAGCUGCGUUGGUGUGUUAUUACUGAAAAAACGUGCUGGAAUUUGCCUGCUAUCUUUUCAAAUAUUGUAGAUAUUUUUAGAGGAUUAACAAACAAAAAGAAACCAAAAUAUAAUGGGAUACGUAGUAAAUGUGGAAUCUUAGUAUUACUCUAUAUGAUUGUUGGGAUCAAGUUGGAGCGGCUUGCCUUUUCUAAACGGAGGCCUCCUUUUUGUGACAGAGGGGGAAUAUUUAAUUAUUUUUCACUUCUCUUUUUUUUUCUAUGAGUUGUUUUUCUGUGCUUCAGCGCUGGCCUGGGGUCAGGGCUCGAGUCAAAGGCUGAUUUCAGGACCUUUACCGUGAACUUUCAUCUCGAUAAACCUGCUUGUUCAAAGGACUUGAUGUUUAAGAAGAUUGUGUGACCACCAAAAAGGCUGCAAUCGAGUUAUAUUAGAAAUCUACAGUUAUAUUUGGCUGAUCUGUGCAGCAUGGAAAUCAGACCUUUUUUUGUUCAAAAUCUAAAAGAUUGUGUUUAUUUUUAUUUUGUAUUUAAUUUUGAUUCAUUAUUUGUUUAAAGGAUUUCUGUUUCCUCUGGCAGUGACACACGCAGCCCCACAACAAUGUUGGUAUCUUUAACAUCAAAAAAAGCAAAACUGACACACAAAAAAAGACAAAUUACAACAAACAUGGAAUGUUGCUUUGACUCUUUUUCUAUAUAUAUAAAAGACGAUCCUUUUCUGCACUAUCUGGUUAUGAAUGAAAACUUCUGUGGUGUAACUCUAGAUGUGCUUUUGUGUGUUUUAACCGAGCUUGUCUUCCUGCCGUCACAGAAUAUACAGUACUCUAGCAUCUCAACUGUACUCACUAGUCGUAAACUAUUUAUUGUGCUUUGACCAAUCAGACAUUACCAGAGAUAAGUAACAUACAGAGGGCACAUGUAUCCAGUCUUAUUGCACUCAGAAGGACAAGGCCACUUAACUAGUCUGUACUAUUGUUAUUUCUAUUACUAACCGAAGUCAUUGGCAAGCAUGACGUGAAAGGCUCAUUAUGCAACUUGAAAAAAUUCACGAUUUUUCUACUUUAAAAAAAUCUAUACACUACUUCAGUAUAACAACAUUUAUCCAAACUGUUUUUUUCUUUUUUCUAUCCUCCUCCUCUGUCAUUUCCCAGUCGAUCCGUCCAUCUGGAAAGGGUGCACAAGCUUUACCAGUCAGCUCAGGCGUGUCGACAAAGUAAUAUGGACCAUUUGCAUAAUAUCUGUCUCGUUUAAGUUGGAGAGAAAAAACUGUCUGGAUUCUGAUAUUCUGCUGAGAAGCUGUUGAUUUAUUUUGUUUCCCUUUCCAGUGUUUUAACUUGACAAUUUAUUUGUUUAUUUGUCUGUAAAAAAUUAAAAACAAUAAACAAAAAACAGGAACAACAGCAUUUUCAAUAACAAGUAAAGACUUAAGCCAACAUUUUCCAACCACUUUUACAUCCAGGAGGACAUUCAGCUUUAGAAGGAUGCAAACACAAGUUUAAAAAUAAUGUUUGUAAAUACAGCAAUGAGUCCACUGAGGACAGAAACUCCAUGCGGACUGGUGCGAGAACAGGAACUCUUCCUGACUACGUCUACCAUCAUGCACCACGAGUCACACUGCCCAUGCAGCUGUUUGGCUCCAUGUAAUCAAUCACGGCUCCUGUCAGAAACACUUCAAAACUACAUGAUAACUUGUGUUGUAACAACCAAUAACUUUGUUGAUAUCCCCGAAGAUGAUGAUGAUGAUGAUAUCAAUGAUACUUCUUGCAAUAUACUCUCACCUGCCUCGAUGUACUGUAUUUAGCAGCAUGCAGUUUGUGGAACAAAGAAAAAGAGAAAUGCCAUCAGAUAACUUGUUGGCAUACCAUUUAUGGGUAAGUGAUCUAAGUGUUCAUCUUGUUUUUAUGAUUUUUUUUUUAUCUAUACAAUAAUUGUAAAUAAAGAACUCAAUGUCUUUGUUCAUUUAAUACUAUGCAAAAAGUCAUGCUUUUCUGAUUGUUACCCACCCUUAAUCCUAGAGUGUGUUGCUGGAAUGUUUGUGGUCUCAAAAGUCAGUAAAAACAAUGUGAUGUAAAUUAUUUUUUAGCUUGAGGAAAGUAAAACAAUGGUGACAUUAUUAUUAUGAUACCAUGAGGAGGAUGACAAUAAUGGUGGUGACAGUGAUGAUGACGAUGAUGAUGAACUGUGACUCUUGCUGCUUGACUGUCCCAUUUACAACACUCCUGACAGGAGCGCAAGUGAAAAACAUAAUAAAAACAAAACAAAAAAAUAUUGAAUAAUCCCUAAAUAAAUCUCCCAGAGCAGCAUGACCCAGCAUGGUGUGUCCUGGCCCCGUG